AUGGCCCAGGCCAGCCCAAACCCGUCGUACGUGGACGUUCCACGUCCGAGCUCGUCCACGAUGAUGAGCGAGUUGGACGACGCGCUCUUCAGGAUCGACGACAUCUCCAGCAUCUCGGCCAUGAACGUGGACACGCCCUUCAGCUGGGAGUCCGACGCCCCGACACGCGCAAGCACAGAGUCGAAAAUACAGAUCUCUGCUCCUUCGGCAGCAGGAAUACUGGCGUCGAACUCGGGGUUGAUGGCCACCAUGGACGAAUGGGCGGACGAGGCGUUGUCGAGCGAGUCCAGGUCGAUUGUGGUCUCGACCAUUUCCUGGAACUUGGCCAAAGACCCAGCGUACUCGGUGACGGGAACGAUCCAGGUCUUUUCAAACAGCUGCUUAAUGUUCUCGUCCGACUCCGACAGCGAGUCCAUCGAGAUAUGCAGGAAGUCCAGCAGGUCCGGCAGCCUCACACACAGCUGGUACAGUCUGAUCACGUCGUCGAGCGACUUGGUGCCGCGAGGAGACGCCAGCCGCUUGACCAGGCGCGCAAUGUCUGGCACCUCGUUCAGGAACUGCGACUGCAGCGACUCGCGCAGAUUCAGGUCGUCGAUUAGGUGGCCAACAAUUGCGUGGCGGUUCUCGAUCUCCGCCACGUCCACGAGCGGCUGCUUGAGCCACUGCGACAGCAGUCUGGUUCCACCAACAGACUUGCAGUUGUUCAACAGACCAAACAGCGACGAGGUCUUGUUCAUCGAGUUGUUGUAG